CAUCCAUCCCACUCACCCACUUCUCCCACUUACAUACAAAAUAAAGUACCUUCGAUUAAUUCUUAAGAAUCAUACCAUCUUGAUUUAACUAUUUAAUUGCAAUUAUCUUUCAUAUUUGAACUUGCAAGAACCACAUUCCAAACAUUCUUUCUUCAAGUGUUUCUAUUUAUUUUUGCGGCGCGUCCACCCACUAGUCUUUCAAAGCGAGAUAAACUUGCGCAUUUCAAUACUACAUACAAUACAACAAUCCCAUAUCGCAACAAAACAAAAUAAUUACACAAAUACUUGGGAUCAAGAAAUGCCUCCUCGUAAAGCAAAAGCUCCAGCUUCAGCUGCGGAAAAAGCUCCCGCCAAUGUCGGCGUUAAACGUACGGGCACAUCUCGCAUAUCAGCAACUGCUACUGCACCAAACCCUUCCAAAGUAGCCGGGAAGCCGGCUACGAAAGUUGCUUCGACAAAAGUAGCCCCGACCAAAGCUGCCCCUGCCAAGGCUACAAAGGCUGCUACUACUAAAGCUGCUUCUAAGAAGGUAGCUCCUAAAAAAUCAAAAGUCGCGUCCAAGAAGACUCGAGAAGAGGAUGCAGAGAGCGGAGAAGAAGAAGAGGAAGAAGAACAAACUCCAGGCAAGCCUAUUCUUAACCCCAUCGAUUCCAUAUAAGAAAUGACUCUAACACUAUUUACAGCACCAAAACCAGUCGCCAACCGUAAAAGAGGCCGGACUCAAGAAUCGGAGGUAUUGCCUGUUGCUAAGAAGCUCAAGAUUGGUGUUACCAUUAACACUCCACCCGUCCAACGCCUCGAUGUUUAUGUUUUUGGAAGUGGAGAAAAUAAUGAGUUGGGUCUGGGUGCAGCAAAAAUUGAUGGUAAACCACCUGUUGGUGUGAAACGUCCUCGCUAUAAUCCUCUUUUAAAAGGUGUCACUCAGAUCGCGGUUGGUGGAAUGCAUUGUGUGGCAUUAACGGAUGAUCAAAGAAUUUUGACAUGGGGUGUCAGUGAUGGAGGGUCCUUGGGCCGAGACACUAGCGCAUACGAAGCACCAGCCAAGGAUAUGGACGCUGAUUCCGAUUCGGAAGAUGAAGACGACAUUGUACUAAACCCAAUCGAAAGUACUCCAACAGCUAUUUCCACCGACUUCUUAGAUGGCAGGAAGGUCGUUCAAGUGCUUGCUAGUGAUUCAGUAAGCUUUGUUCUUACAGAAGAUGGGUAUGUUUAUGGAUGGGGAUCAUUCACAGUAAGUACUUCCUUGCAACUUUGAUUGCUCAUGUCGACUAAUAACAAUAGGGAAAUGAUGGCACUAUUGGUUUCACUAGUGAGGGUGCAACUAAGGCUUCUACUGAGAGAGAUGGAGACCUAAAGAAGAAGUUGAAAAUUCAAGCGGAACCAAUACUUAUUCCUGGUUUAAAGAAUAUCAAGUCCUUGGCCCGUGGUAGCAAUCAUGUCCUGGCCAUAGACAAUAAGGGUACCGUCUUUACAUGGGGUGCCUGGCAACAAUACCAGCUCGGUAGACGAGUUAGUGAAAGAUCGAGAUUUUCAGCCCUCACGCCAGCCCCUAUAUUGAAGCGUUGUAAGGCAAUCGCUGCUGGUACUUAUCAUUCAUUUGCUAUCAAUCAAAAGGAUCAAGUCUUAGCCUGGGGUCUAAAUAAUUUUGGACAAACAGGUAUCGCUGACAAAGCCGGCGAGAACGAUGCUCUAAUACCAAAUCCUACAGUUGUUAAGAGUUUGAAGGGUUACAAAAUCGCACAGCUGAAGGGUGGUCUCCAUCACUCCAUCGCUUGUACUGAGGACAAAGAAAUUCUUGUUUGGGGCCGUUGCGACUACGGCCAAAUGGGUCUCGAUUUGGCAACUAUUGAUAAAGAGUCUAUUAUCACGAGUGCCAGUACUGGAAAGCCAGCCAUUCUUCUCAAACCUACCGUAGUUCCUAGCAUUAAAGGCAACUUCGUCUCGGCUGCGAUUGACAAUUGCAUUGCUAUUGAUGAUGAUGGCAAGGCUUGGUCUUGGGGAUAUGGCGAAAACUAUCGCACUGGCUUAGGCUCGGAUGAAACAACGUGGACUCCUAAAGUCAUUGAAAACUCUGCCAUUAAGGGAAAGAAGAUGACUUUCGCUGGAUGUGGAGGUCAGUUUAGCAUUAUUGCUGGACCUGAGGUCACUGUGAGCAAUGGCGCCUAGGCCAAAGGGGCAUGGGGUGAGAGGUGUAAGGCGAGGACCAUUUUGAAAAUAACGAUUAUGAUUUACGUUUGUAUAUGAAAGGGAACGAUACCAUACUGCAUUAUUAGCUUUAGAGGAACACUAGUUCCGAAUCAUUUCACGUUACAACCAACCCAGCUCGAACUCGGCCUUCAACAUGUACACGCUAUUUGGAACACAACUGCUUUAUUUAUAAGAGACUGCCUUUUAUGGAUCUCUGCUUUUUACCUAGGACUUUGAUCCGGAUUCAUCAAGGCAUGUUCCCUAAUAAGUAAACUAGGUGUGUUUUGAUAUCGGGUAUAUAAUUGAAGGGUGAUAGUAGGGAGGGUUGGACGUGGUGUGAAAUGAGGAUUUCUGUUAGUCGCCUGUUUAAUAAAGACUGGGAAGGGGUCUUUUUUGUUUUCUCCUUGGGUGGGAAUACAAAUUCCCGUUUUGUUUAGUUGUGAUUUAAUCCUCUCCCUGGUUUCGAUGGAUUUCCUCAGGAUAGGAUAGCAUGGUAGAUGCAUUGAUUUGGUGUUGGAUAGGCGUUCUAUUAGUAGGGAGUUAGUCUAGAUCAGAGAUUACCGAUCGUUGUAUGGGCGGAUUAAAAUAUAUAUAUAAUAGUCGUAGUAGUAAACUCAU